UGUCGGUUGUGCUUGCUUGCAAAUACGGUAUUAAUAAAGUAAUUAAUCAACGAAAAAAUGGGAUUGAGGCAAUAUUUUAUUUUAAUUUUGUGCUUUGCGGGAGUCUUACCGAAGUCUAUUAAUAUUUCCAAUGGUGAUGAAUUGGUUCAGUGCGAUGAUUUAUUGUCGCAACUAUGAUAGUGAUUUGGCUGUAAUCGAGUCGGAAGCCGAAUUGAAUGCACUGAGUUUCUAUUUAAUCACGAAUGAAGGUCACGUUGGCCUUUAUUUCUGGCUUGGUGUCACCGAUUUGGCCGAGGAAGUCUUUCACUGGUUCACUGUAUGCCGCAUACACUUACAAGUAUUUCGCAUUCGCAAGGAAAUCAGGGUCACAAUGGCGCUUGCACAAUAUAUUUUGAUUUUGUGUUUCACUGGUGUUCUCUGCAAUACCGCCAAUACAAGUGCGCCAAGUGCGGACUGCUCGACGGACACGCAUCCCUUCAUGCCGAUCGGUAGUAAAUAUUAUUUAAUAAAUGCAGCUGUCAAGAUGAAUUGGUUCGAGGCUGACCUUUUUUGUCGCACUUUUGACAGUGAUUUGGCCAUAAUCGAGUCCGAAGCUGAGAUGGAUGCACUGGCUUUCCACGUAACGACAAAUGGAAAUCUUGGGAAAUAUUUCUGGCUUGGUACCACCGAUUUGGCUGUGGAGGGUAAAUUUAUGUCACACUACAAUGGACGCGCAAUGCCCUACGCCAAAUGGUCACGCGGUCAACCAGAUGAUAAUCAAAAAAGAGAAGAUUGCGUUCACCUUUGGCCCGUUAAUAAUAUAUAUUUUAUGAAUGAUUAUCCAUGCUAUUCGGAAGGUUAUGCUCUUUGUGAGAUGCGACGGCGCCCAAAAUGUUGUGGUGAAAGUGCUCUAUCGAACUGUGGUUUGAAAAAGCUCAUACAGGAGUAUGUGAGAAGUGCAUAUCCCAUAUUGAAUUGCCGCGAUUAGUGCAGAAUUUAUUUAUGCAAAUAUGAGUAAGCUUAGGGAAACUUGUUUUUUUAGAAAAAAUAAAUUGAUUAGAGUAUAACCAAAAGGAA